AUGUUAAGUCAUCCCCUUCAUUCUACACAUCCGAUGUCUGUGUUGACAGGCUGACGGAGGAGAGGGCGGGCCAUCGUGACGGACAGACGGCGCUCAUUUCUUUAAGUCAGCAGAGCGUUAGUGCAGAGCACAGCAGAUAACAGACGUGAUGGAUUCCUACGUCAGAGGUUCACUGUGGACGACACUCCUCUUCCUCACAUUCCCGCCCCUUCACUCCAACCCGGCGUGCCCCACUAGCUGUUUGUGUGACUCUCCGGGUGAAGUCCGCUGUGGUGGUUACACCAUCACCGACACACCGCCGAGCCUGCCGCUCCACACCUACACUCUGAAGCUCAACGACACAAACAUGAACAUCAUAAAGGAGCAGAGUCUGGCUCACCAGGACCUCCUGCUGCGCUUCAGUCUGACUCACAGCCAUCUACACACCGUCCACGCUCGAGCCUUCCUCGCCGCCCCUCAGCUUAAAUCUGUCAAGCUGUCGUCCAAUGAUCUCUCAACGCUCCCUGCUCAAGUCUUCAGUCCACUUACCACUGUGGAGGAGAUUUAUCUGGAUGGAAACCAGUUAGAAACUCUUGCUCCUGAAAUGUUUGAAGGUCUUGGUGACUUGCUGGUUCUGGACCUGACCCGUAACAAGCUCACUAGCCCUGCUGCAGGUAUUUUUGACGGACUGACCAACCUCACUAUCCUCAAUCUCGGCAGGAACAACAUCAAGAAGUUCCCAAAAAACCUCUUCCGCUCCUUGAGUAAACUCCGCCUGCUCAGGGUUUACAACAACGAGCUAGAGAGUCUGGAAGAAGGGGUCUUUGACGAACUCGUCAACCUAGAGGAGCUGACCCUCCAUGGGAACCAGAUCGGAAGCCUUGCACCUCGAGUGUUCUGGUCUCUCGCGAAGCUGAGAACCCUGACGCUUUCCGGGAACCGACUCCAGGCUGUCCCACACAAAAGUUUCUACAACAUGCCGGAGUUGAGCAAACUCACCAUCUACAAAAACCCUCUCCUCUCUCUGCCCAAUGAGCUGAUGGGCCACAUGCCUGACAUGAGAGAGUUUUAUCUCUUCUCCACCAACCUCACCACCGUUCCUGGAAACUUGUUCGCCAACAUGUCCGGACUCCUGCGACUCAACGUCCAUCUAAACGUCAGACUGAGGGAGUUGCCGCCUGAUGUUUUCUGCUGCCUUCCUCAUCUCCAAAAGCUCUCGCUACGGAACAACAACCUCGAUAACCUUCACCCUCACAUUUUCUCCUCACUAACCGCGGUUAACAUACUGCUACUCAACGACAACAGCCUGAGGAGCCUACCUGGAGACAUCUUUCAGAAUCUUACAAACCUGACAGCCAUGGAUCUGAGAAAUAACAACCUCAAGUCACUUCCCGGAGACAUCUUCUCAUCAAAUACAGCUUUGAAGGCGUUAACCUUGAGUGAAAACCCUUGGGAUUGCAACUGUCCGAUUAGGGAUAUUGCUAGAUGGAUUAGGAACAACCCCCACGUUGUUGUAGACAUUGACGACGUGUUGUGUCAUAGUCCACUCUACCACAUGCUCCGCAAAGUUAGCUCUCUACAAGACGACGAAUUCACCAACUGCGAUGGAAGAACAACCCAAACUCCUCUUUAUGAACCAGAGAAAACAACCCAUGAAAGCACCACAAGUUACUCAACACCACGUAUGCAUACGUCUUUACAACCAAUGGAUGUUAUUCCAACCACCCCACUCUCAAAAACGACCUCCUCAGGAGCCACAACGCGGUCCGUAUCCCUUCCACCGGCCUCAACAAGAAAACAAGUCAGAAGUUCCUCAACACCACGUCGGCACAAGUCUUUGCUGCCACUCCAUGUUAUUCCAACCACUCCACUCUCAAAAUCCACCUCCUCAAAAGCCACAACACCAUCCGUAUCCCUUCCUCCCGCCUCCACAGCUCCCACAAUCCUGUUGGAUAUAUUACUAAUAGAGCAGGUGCCUGAAUACGUCCACCACAACCAUCACAGAGGCUGGGUGUACGUGUGGUUUCUGCCCUCGGACACAGAUCUGCUGGGAUUCCUGACGUUUUUCUACAUCCUUCUGCUGGUGGCAGGCUUGCUGCUUGUUCUGGCAGCCAUGUAUGGAAUGCACCGCCUCGGCGUGGCUUUGGAGGCGCUGAAAGCUGGGUGUGCAUAGAUGAGGAGUGAGCGUUAUCAGGCCUGCUGUACACAUGGAGAUAAACCGUCCUUUCUCCAGGCUCCACUUUGUAAAUUAUGAGCCUGUUUCUGUUUUUCUCAGCUGUAGAGGGUCACGUUUAUAACUAAAUUUUGUAAACUUUAGGCAUUGCUUAAUAUUUAAUAGGUUCAGAUAUUAAAACAAUAUUAAAAUGGCUAAAAGGAUUAAAUCUAAUUGAGCAGAACAAUGAAGUCACUUUAUUCAUGUUUUCCUUCAGGUUUAGUUUUUCAGACACAUCUUCACAUCUGAGAACUUUUUAGGCUAAUCCCUUCAUGAAAACCCUCACAAUAAUUAUGUGUCUUUAAAUAUUUUAACUUUGUUGCAACAAAAUAAAACAAUAAAAAGUAGAAAUUAAAUGUUACUGCUUUUCUGUUGGGUUUGAAGAUUCAUUCUAAAAGUUGUGGUUCUGCUUUUGUGGGAGUUGGUCCAUGAAGAGGAGAGCAGAAACCACCAAAUUAAUGUGGAUUUUUAAAAGUGACUGUUAAUGUUGGGCAUCAAUUCAUGUCUUAAUGUAAUUUAAAUUAGUAGUACUGCAGAAAAAAGAAUAACUUUAAUCAUGAAAACAAGCUAUUGAAUUUACUGGAUGUAAUGCUGUGUUCAAAUAAAGAGGCUCACCGUUAGCAUAGUUCUCACUCAAAUUCAACACUAAAAAGGUCUAAAUUAUUUUG